AUGGAUGGUUUAGAAGCUAGAAAAGAUGUUUUUCUGAUUGGUGCUACGAAUAGACCAGGUUUAAUUUUAAUUAAAAAUAUUCUCGUUUUUUAUCAAACAGAUAUAAUCGACCCAGCUAUUUUGAGACCAGGACGUUUCGAUAAAGUAAUCUUUAUCGAUUUUCCUAGUGUUAAGGAGAGGGCGGAUAUUCUUCAUACAAUCACAAAAAAUAAAACAAGGCCAAGAAUAUGCCCUUCCGUUUCUUUCGAAAAGAUGGCAGAAAAUCAAGCAAUGGAAUUUUUCACAGGCGCCGAUCUUGUAGCUUUGGUACAUGAGGCAACAUUGAUAGCAUUGAAGGAAAGGAUUGAAUGCAAAAACCUCUCAAUCAAUUCUGUAAUCAGUGAAAACUUUGAGGAAGCGUUAAAUAAAGUUUCGCCCUCCGUGAAAUCUGAGGAUCGUUUGUAUUAUAAGAAAUUAAAGGAAAAGUUUUCCGUUGAAAAUUUUAAGAAAUAA